ACUUUUCCAAGCGAUAUCCGCCUUUUGUGGAAUCGACACUUCUACUUUUACUGACUGAAAUGAGGUCCGUCAUAAAUAUAUUUUAAUCGGACACGGCGUUAUCACCGUGUUGCAGAGUUCUUUGUGGUGAAUUUGCUUGGAUAAGAAGCAAGAUGAAAGUACUUGUAGCUGUUUACUUAAUUUUGAUGGUUUGGAUGCCACUCUCUAAUUGCGGCUCACUCGGAGAUUCUUAUUUACGAAAGAAAAGAGAAAAUUUUUAUACGGUACAACUACAACCAAAUUACUGCAACAUCAACUGCAGAAAACUGGUCUUACGAAUUUUAUCAAUGCUUUGUUGAUAGAAAAUUUGACGAUGGAGGUAGAGAUCUGGAGCAGAUAAUAGACAGGAUUUUGGACCAUUCAAAGGAUUGUGUGGAAAGUUCUAAGGAAAACUGUCGGCCUGAUUUUAAAGGAUUUAUAAUCAUCUUUGAUAAAGUAUUGUUUGAAAUGAAAGAUUACUCGGAGAUGUAUUUACAGGAAAUACAUAGAGGUAGAGAGAACAUAAAGGACCUAAAAUGCGUUGAAGAAGUGACAUUUUCAAAUUAUGAAGAAUGUUUCAAGACUGUUUUUGAUAAAUCUGAACAGGAAUUUCAGAAUGAAGUGGAAUCGGCUAUUUCAUGCACCAACAUAGCUAAUAAACAGUGCAGUAAAGCAGCAAAAACGAGCCUUAAUAGAAUGGUAAGAACAAUCCUUGGCAUAGAAAAUCCAGCUGAAGAAGAUAUAGAAGAGGAAAUUAAACCAACGCCACCACCUAUGAAGUGGUAUGAUUAUAUAUUACAACCUUUUAUAUACAUAUGGAAUGGCAUAAAAUCACUUUUUGGCUGGUAAAGAUAUUGCGCAGAGGAAAUAUAUUGUAAUUACUUUGUAUGUAUAUUCAUGAGUAUAAAAUAUUUUAUGUACUAUAUUUUGUAUAAAGAGUAAAUAAAAAAAUUUU